CUGCUCAGUUCUGGCUGUUAUCGUUGAUAUUCAAACUGAAGUCACAAAAAGGGACACUUUCUACGCACUAAACAUAACGGCCUAUUUUGUUUCAGCGAAUCAAAAAAACACUACAUCCACAACGGCAUAUGAAUGAAGAAUAAACAUCUAAAACUACUAUAUUUUGCUACAUUCGCAGGAGUAAUUGUUUUUACAAUAGUCACAACAACGUAUUUGUUCCAAAACAAGAAAUGUCACAUCGUGUUCGAAAAUAGGAAUAUGAAGUUCACUGAUACAUCAACACAGGUAACUGCCUAUAUAGUACAGUAUAAAUAUUAAAAUGAAAACUUUAAAAACUUUGGUAUACCCGACAUGUAUUCGUGUUAUCUGGACAUGUAGUGUGUAUAGGCUAUAGUAUCUACCAAAUUAUUCAUGAAGCGUCACGCAAAUUUGUGUUGAAAGUAGUUGUACAUUUUAUGAGUGAAACUCUUUAGAAAUGUAUUGUCUUCAACCUAUUUAGGCCCCGAUUACACUAUACCGGAUUGCAUCGAAGCGACGCAAUUUCUGUGCCGGUGUUCCAGCAGAUUUGGUUUAGCAGCCUGGAUUUCGUAUAUCGCAAGAAAGCAACUAUCGCCUGUAUUCAAAAAGCUCACUCACACUCACACUUGAGUGUGACUCGAAUGAGAUGCACUCAAGUAGGGUUGAAGUGUGAGUGAAAGUGGAGUAUGAGUGUGAGUGUCCACUCAACGAGGGAGCACUCACCCUUGAAAAUAUUAGCCAGAUUUGUAUUCAAAGAGCUCACUCGAGUGUGACUUGCUGGAGUUUGGGUUUGAUGUUGAUGUACAAUUAACGACACAAGGUAUAUAAACUAGUGAGACUGUUGUAGACUUGUCAAUUCAUUCUUACGGCGUUUCUGAACAAUAUGGCUGAAGGUGGUCAAUAUUUUUCGCAAUUGGAAAAGCAGCUGUUAACUAAAUUAGUGUACGUAUUUGUGCUACAUUAUAUCUGCGUUGCGGUCGGGUUUGCGGAUCAAUUGCUGGUGUCAUUAGAUAUUGGCUGCAUUGAUAACCGUUAUCACCAAGUAAUAUACCCUGGAUAUCACCACGAUCAAACUGUGCACAUAUGCGACUAUUGUCGAAUAUUCUGGCAUCAUGUACGCUACCUGGCCAACGUGCAACAAUGUUUAAAAUUUCUAAAUUUGGCCCGCAAAAAGCUUGUACGUUUAUCGAGAAGUAUAUCCUUUUCGAUUUCUAAAUAGUUCAGCAUUUUCACAUCCCGGGCAAGGUAUUUUUAUGUGUGUACAGUCAAUUGGCACCCACAAUAUUUGGGAAUGCACAAUUUCGCCAGAAAUGAAUUUUGAGUUGACCCAAAAUAUCACCUUCACGGGAAAUGUUAUAUAAUUGUUCCUUAAGCGUGCGAUUGCCUCGGUAUACUCGCUUCAUAAUUCGACUCACUGAUGGCUGCGAAAUCUCACCCACAUCUCCGCAUGCUAACUGGAAUGUUCCCGUGGCGUAAAACUUGAGCGUCAACAAAAGUUGUAUAUCUGCGGAAUGGGUUUCCUCGGUCGUUGUUUGCAGAUAUUUCUGGCAUAAUUACAUCCAGUAACUCUCGAAAUCCAGCCUUAGUUACCCGGUAUCUGCAUCAAAACUGCUCUUCGUCAUAUUUCCCAUAAUCAAAAAUAUAUGGUCUUCUCCUGUCUCGGUUGUUUCUUGCGACAUUGUCCAGUAAUUCUAACCUUCUUGACCACCUUUCGGCAUAUUUGAACCACUAAGUACAAGGUGAAUCGAACUGAGUGCGGCUCAAGGGACGUAUACCUCUCACUCACACUUUACUCAAAAUCGGAGCUUCACUUGAGCGUAAGUGGUGUCUUUGAAUAGUUGGAGUGUGAGUGUCGCAUUAUACUAUGUGAGUGUGAGUGGACACUCAUUGAGUGGUGAGUUGUACUCAUUAAGAAUGAGUGUCCACUCAUUGAGUGUGAGUGUGAGUGAGCUUUUAGAAUACAGGCGUAAAUGUUUAUAUCAAUAGCUUUAUUUUAAAUAAUACAGUACUAUUUAUCGUUUAAACGUCCCCUGCACCGCAAUAGUAGCUACGGAUGACUAAUUGUUUAUAGAAUGUUAGUUGCGCCGUACGCGCAAGUUUGAUUUUUCUUCUGGCGCCUUGAAUUGCAAAUGAUCCAAAUGAUCCACAAAAAGCAAACGAUCCAAAUGAUCUACAAAAAGCAAAUGAUCCAAAUGAUCCACAAAAAGCAAAUGAUCCAAAUGAUCCACAGAAAGCAAAUGAUCCAAAUGAUCUACAAAAAGCAAAUGAUCCAAAUGAUCUACAAAGAGCAAAUGAUCCAAAUGAUCCACAAAAAGCAAAUGAUCCAAAUGAUCCACAAAAAGCAAAUGAUCCAAAUGAUCUACGAAAAGCAAAUGAUCCAAAUGAUCUACAAAAAGCAAAUGAUCCGAAUGAUCCACAAAAAGUAAAUGAUCCUAAUGAUCCACAAAAAGCAAAUGAUCUAAAUGAUCCACAAAAAGUAAAUGAUCCUAAUGAUCCACAAAAAGCAAAUGAUCUAAAUGAUCCACAAAAAGCAAAUGAUCCGAAUGAUCUACAAAAAAGAAACGAUCCAAAUGCACCAGCCAAAAAGCCUGACGAUCCAAAACAAAUAGGUAGCUAA